GAUCGGAGAAAGGGGGAUUCAAUUUAGCGCGACGAGUGUGUUCACGUAUGUUAUGUUUUAGUCGGACUGGCCGGAUUCCUUAAAAGAGUACGUUAAUCAUUGCAAAGGAGCCAACAGACUAUCGUCCGCGCUCACGUUACCUUCCACCGAAUUGCCGCAGAAUUUCAGAAUAGGUCUCAGCCGGAAGAAACAACACGAGAUAAUGCAUUUAGCUCGCCUGGUGCACGCGCAAUGCAAGCCAUAUGAUAUCCAAACGGUCAUCGAUUUGGGCGCCGGUCUGGGGUACGUGUGCCAAAUGUUGCAUUACCUGUACGGUUAUCGAGUCCUGGGAUUGGAAAGGGACGAGGAAAACGUGAACAGAGCUUGCGCCAAGCAACGGAUAUCGUACCCCGAGUCUCUGGCCGACGUCAGAUACAUCCGUUGCGACGUGACGUGCGAUUCCGCGAAUCGAAUCGAGUCGAUUCUACAACGAGAGUUCCCCGGCACUACGGCCGCGUGCUUGAUCGGUCUGCACGCCUGCGGCGACCUCAGCACGAGCGCGUCGAGGAUCUUUCGCAGGAUGAAAUCCGCGCGACUCUUCAUCCUGAUAUCCUGCUGUUACCACAAACUCUCCAUUUCCGAGAGCGUGCGGACACCGUCGCAGGAGAAGCAGUACUUCCACAAUUUCCCGAUGUCCAGCUGCCUGCGAGAGGUCGUCGAGACGCACAGCUUCGACGUCGGCCAAUUCCUGAGGGUGCCCUUCCUGCGACUGGCGUGCCAGGAAUCGGCGGACAAGUGGCGCGGCAUGACCGCGGAGAAGCACGGCGAACACUCCUUCCACGUCCUCGCCAGAGCCGUGCUCGAGCUGUACUCGCGACAGAAUAAUCUCGUUCUGAGGAAGAGGGUGCGGAAGGGCACGAGGAAGUCACAGUGCAUGGAUUUCCAGACUUACGUCAAAGACUCGCUGUUGAGGUACGACCUGGCGCCAAGAACGGACAUCAGUGUAACAGGCGACGUGAUCGCGCGCGACGAGCUGGAGAAGGACAUCGUGCGAGUGUGGGAGAAGCAGCAGAAGCGAAUGAGAGCUGUGGAGAUUUACACCGGGCUGCAGAUGAUACUGCAGCUCCCCGCGGAAUCGCUGGUCCUGCAGGAUCGCUUGUGUUGGUUACACGAGCAAGGCUUAGAAGCGGUCAUCGUGCCUGUGAUGAACAAACGGCUCUCUCCUCGUUCGCACGCGAUUGUAUCUCGUAAACGCUGAAGAUUCUCCGCCUCAGAUCGAUGCAGUCACGGGCAGAAAGGUUGUCUCGUUCUCUAAAGGAGAAUUCACAUCUCGACGAGGAAAACAGCAGGCGAUCAGAACUCGCAGUGAUAAAGCAGAAACUGCCGACUACCAGCUUCUGCUUUUCCAUCAAGGUCUGUGAAUUCUCCCUAAGCAUAGUGAUACUGGAAAUUUCGAAUUCGAUGUAUCAUUGCCGAAAUAUUCGCGCGUCACGACUGCUGAUUAUUCUGUAAACCGGUAAAAAUGCUCCAAAGCAGCGGUCGUAAUGUACAAAUAUUCAGAAAUGAUGCGUCCAAUUCGAAAUUUCCGAUUUUCACUG